CAUUCAUCUGUGCACUUGGGCGUUGGACCCCGCAUCUUAUUAGCAACCAGGGAGAUUUCUCCAUUUUCCUCUUGUCUACAGUGCGGCUACAAAUCUGGGAUUUUUUAUUACUUCUUUAAAAAAAAAAAACUACACUUGGGCAUCUUUGUGUGUGUGUGUGCUCGACUUUUCUGCCUUUUUUUAAUUUCCCUCCAGCUGCUUUUUUUUUUUUUUAAAUCUCUUCGACUAGAAUUUUUUUUUACCCGGAGUGCAUUUAAUCGGUUCUCUUCUGUCCUCUUCGCCACCCCCACACACCCCCUCCCUCCCUCGGGUGUGUGUGGUGCUGCUGCCGCCGCCGCCGCCGCCACUGCUGCCGCCGCCGCCGCCGCCGCUGCUCGCCCCGUCGUUACACCAACCCGAGGCUCUUUGUUCCCCCUUUGGAUCUGUUGAGUUUCUUUGUUGAAGAAGCCAGCAUGGGUGCUCAGUUCUCCAAGACCGCUGCGAAGGGAGAAGCCGCCGCGGAGAGGCCCGGGGAGGCGGCUGUGGCCUCGUCGCCUUCCAAAGCGAAUGGACAGGAAAACGGCCACGUGAAGGUAAACGGCGACGCUUCUCCCGCGGCCGCCGAGCCGGGCGCCAAGGAAGAGCUGCAGGCCAAUGGCAGCGCCCCGGCGGCCGACAAGGAGGAGUCCGCGGCCGCCGGGAGCGGGGCGGCAUCUCCCACCGCGGCCGCCGAGAAAGAGGAGCCGGCCGCGGGCGCGGAGGCCGGAGCCGGCGCGGCGGAGAAGGAGGCCCCCGCCGAGGGCGAGGCCGCCGAGCCCGGGUCGCCCACCACCGCGGAGGGGGAGGCCGCGUCGGCCGCCUCCUCCACGUCUUCCCCCAAGGCCGAGGACGGGGCCGCCCCCUCGCCCAGCAACGAGACCCCGAAAAAAAAAAAGAAGCGCUUUUCCUUCAAGAAGUCCUUCAAGCUGAGCGGCUUCUCCUUCAAGAAGAACAAGAAGGAGGCCGGAGAAGGCGCCGAGGCCGAGGGCGCCGCCGGCACCUCCAGCGAGGGCGGCAAGGACGAGGCGGCGGCGGCGGCCGACGCGGGCGCGGCCUCCGGGGAGCAGCAGGCGGCGGCGGCGGGAGAAGAAGCGGCCGCCGCGGGCGACGAGGGGGCGGCGGCGGGGGGAGACCCGCAGGAAGCUAAGCCCGAGGAGCCCGCCGCAGCGCCCGAGAAGCCGCCCGCCGGCGACGAGCCCAAGGCCGCCGAGGAGCCGUCCAAGGCCGCCGAGGAGAAGGCGGAGGAGGCCGGGGCCAGCGCGGCCGCCUGCGAGGCGCCCUCCGCCGCCGCCGGCCCCGGCGCUGGCGCGGCUCCCGAGCAGGAGGCGGUUCCCGAGCAGGAGGCCGCGGCCGCCUCCGCCUCUCCCGCCAGCUCGGCCCCCGCGCAGGAGGCGCAGCCCGAGUGCAGUCCAGAAGCCCCCUCGGCGGAGGCGGCCGAGUAAAAGGGCAAAGAUUGUGUGUGCGUGUGUGUGUGUGUGUGUUUUCUUUUUUCCCCUCUUUUAAUUUUUCUUUUUCUUUUUUUUGUGAUAAUCGACGAACUUUUCUCCCUCCCCACCCCCUUUUGUUUGUUUGUUGUUUGGUUGGUUGGUUGGAGUGGUGCCAGGUACUGGUUUUGGAGAACUUGUCUACAACCAGGGAUUGAUUUUUAAAGAUGUCGUCUUCUUCGUCUUUUUCUUUCUUUCUUUCUUCCUUUCUUUCUUUUUUUGAGCAACAAUUUUGUGUUUUUAUUUUUUUUUUCCUCCUCCCUUUACCCCCACAGAUUUCCCAUCUCAGAUCAUUCUGUUAACCAACCACCAUUCCAACAGGUCGAGGAGCGCUUAAAACACCUUCCUCCGCCUUGUUUCUCGUAUUUUUUUAAUUUUAUUUUUUUUUGCAUCAGUAUUAAUGUUUUUUGCAUACUUUGCAUCUUUAUUAAAAAAAAAUGUAAACUUUCUUUGUCAAUCUAUGGACAUGCCCAUAUAUGAAGGAGAUGGGUGGGUCAAAAAGGGAUAGCAAAUGAAGUGAUAGGGGCCACGAUGGGGAAGUUUAAGUGGUGCAUAACAUUGCCAAGAAAAUGUACCACUAGAAAUGGUGUAAAGGCUUAAUUUUUUUUUUUUAAGAAAAGAAAAAAGUUAUUACGAUGUAUUUUGUGAGGCAGGUUUACAACACUACAAGUCUUGACUAAGAAGGAAAAGAGAAAUAAGAAAAAGAAAAAAAAAAAAAACACCAAUACCCAGAUUUUAAAAAAAGAUCAUAGUCUUAGGAGUUCAUUUAAACCAUAGGAACUUUUCACUUAUCUCAUGUUAGCUGUACCAGUCAGUGAUUAAGUAGAACUACAAGUUGUAUAGGCUUUAUUGUUUAUUGCUGGUUUAUGACCUUAAUAAAGUAUAAUUAUGUAUUACCAGCAGGGUGUUUUUAACUGUGACUAUUGUAUAAAAAGAAAAGAAAAACACAAAUCUUGAUAUCCAGAAGCACAUGAAGUUUGCAACUUUCCACCCUGCCCAUUUUUGUAAAACCGCAGUCAUCUUGGACCUUUUAAACACAAAUUUUAAACUCAACCAAGCUGUGAUAAGUGGAAUGGUUACUGUUUAUACUGUGGUAUGUUUUUGAUUACAGCAGACAAUGCUUUCUUUUCCAGUCGUCUUUGAGAAUAAAGGAAAAAAAAAAUCUUCAGAUGCAAUGGUUUUUGUGUAGCAUCUUGUCUAUCAUGUUUUGUAAAUACUGGAGAAGCUUUGACCAAUUUGACUUAGAGAUGGAAUGUAACUUUGCUUACAAAAAUUGCUAUUAAACUCCUGCUUAAGGUGUUCUAAUUUUCUGUGAGCACACUAAAAGCGAAAAAUAAAUGUGAAUAAAAUGUACAAA